UUCGUCUCUCCGCCUCACGUCACUGAAAACUUCAAGAUCACCCCUUUCCACCGCCCCCCCUCGCCCCCCGCCCCCCGCGUGACCUGGGGGGACCAUCAGGGGUCGUUGCUCCCCCUAGAACCCCCCGGAUUAAUGGCGCCUGAGGAUUUAAUGGAGAAUUGUUGGUGUUUUUAAAAGUUUAGUCUGAGAAAAUUCAAUCGUCUGGUCGGGCAAGAGAUAACAAAAAAUUGAUAAAUGAGAAUAAUAAGUGGAAAAAGAAAAUAAAAGGAAGGAGAAGACGAUUAUUUUUCAUUACUAUCGUUGUUGUUGUUGUUAUUAUUAUUAUUAUUAUUAUUAUUACAAGGAAGAAAGGAAGGAAGGAAAAAAAAAUCGCUAAAUUAUCGAACAUAAACAAACAAACACAAAUUUAAUAAACACAGGAGCAGAGAUAGAGAGAGAGAGAGGGAGGGAGAAGGAGAAGAGGAAGAGGAAGAGGAAGAGGAAGAAAGAGAGGAAAUGGAAACUGCCAAGAGUAAUUAAGGAGAGAUAAGAAGAAGGAGAAAAAGAAGAGAGAGAAUUAACGAAGGGAGGAAGAAGGAAACAAAGAAAAACAAGAAGAAGAAAGGGAAGAGAUAAGAAGGUAAAGAGAGAGAGAGAGAGAGAGAGAGAGAGAGAGAGAGAGAGAGAGAGAGAGAGAGAGAGAGAGAGAGAGAGAGAGAGAGAGAGAGAGAGAGAGAGAGAGAGAGUUAUUGCACAACAAAGAGGAGAGAUAAAGUGAAAGAGAGAAAAAAAGAGAGAGAGAGGAAGGGAGAAAGGCGAUCCAGAGAGAGAGAGAGAGAGAGAGAGAGAGAGAGAGAGAGAGAGAGAGAGAGAGAGAGAGAGAGAGAGAGAGAGAGAGAGAGAGAGAGAGAGAAGAAGAAGAAGAAGAAGAAGAAGAAGAAGAAGAAGAAGAAGAAGAAGAAGAAGAAGAAGAAGAAGAAGAAGAAGAAGAAGAAGAAGAAGAACAACAACAACAACAACAACAACAACAACAACAACAACAACAACGAAAGAAAAAAAAACAAGAAAAAAAUUAAAAAAAUACGAGAGAGAGAGAGAGAGAGAGAGAGAGAGAGAGAGAGAGAGAGAGAGAGAGAGAGAGAGAGAGAGAGAGAGAGAGAGAGAGAGAAUCUAUCAGCUGGUCUCUCUCUUGUCAUGCACGUGCGUCUCUUCCCUCCCCUUCCUCCUCCUCCUCCUCCUCCUCCUCCUCCUCUUCCUCCUCCUCCUCCUCUUUCCAUCCCCCUCCCUUGUGUAAACUAACUCCUCCUCCUCCUCCUCCUCCUCCUCCUGUAUUUAUCAUCAUUUUCUUCUUGUUCUACUUCUCUCCUCCUCCUCCUCCUCCUCCUCCUCCUCCUCCUCCUCCUCCUCCUCCUCCUCCUUCUCCUCCUCCUCCUCCAAUCAGCGUUUUCUAAAUUUCUCUUCCUUGGUAUAAGGUUAAAAGUCUCCUCCUCCUCCUCUUCCUCCUCCUCCUCCUCCUCCUCCUCCUCCUCCUCCUCCUCUAUAUAUCAACACGUGACGGCGAGAGAGAGAGAGAGAGAGAGAGAGAGAGAGAGAGAGAGAGAGAGAGAGAGAGAGAGAGAGAGAGAGAGAGAGUUCUAAAUAUAUUUAAAAGAAAGAGGAAUAAGAAAAAAACUGAAAGGAAGAAAGGAAAGAAGAAGAGAGAAACAAAAAUAAGAAGAUAAAGGAAGAAAGAGAAGAGAGAGAGAAAAAAGAAGAAUUAAGAGGAAAGAUAAAGAAGAGGGAAUAAGAAAGGAACGGAGAAAGAGAGGAAGAAAAAAAUAGUCAAGAGAGGAAGAGAGAGAGAAUAUUUAGGAAGAGAGAGAGAAGAUAAUAAAGAAGAGGAAGAAGAGGAAGAAGAGGAAAAUGUAAGGAAAAUAUUUAAGAAGGAAAAAAAGGAGGAAAAUUGAGGAAAAAAAAGAUAAAAGAGAAAAAGUUGAGAGAGAGAGAGAGAGAGAAAGAGAGAAAAUUGAAGAGAGAGAGAGAAAGAGAGAAGAGAAAGAAAGAGAGAGAGAGAGAGAGAGAGAGAGAGAGAGAGAGAGAGAGAGAGAGAGAGAGAGAGAGAGAGAGAGAGAGAGAGAGAGAGAGAGAGAGAGAGAGAGAGAGAGAGAGAGAGAGAGAGAGAGAGAGAGAGAGAGAGACAACGAAAAAAGCAAGCUAUUAAAGAAAAUAACAAAAACAAACAAACAAACAAACAAACAAAAACAGUCUCCACCAAUCAGAAGCCAAGAAAGGCCAUCACACCUUCCCUUCACCAGCCAAUGAGAGCCACAGGUGUCCCGCAAAGAGCCAAUCAGCGUGAGGCUAUGGGUGGUGGUGGUGGUGGUGGUGGUGAGGGGCGGCCGGCGGUGGUGGUGGUGGUGGCGGUGAUGGUGGUGGUGAUGGCAACGCUGCUGAGAGGAGCUCUGUGUAUUCGCAUUACCCGCGUCAAGGUGCCAACGACGGUGGAAAUCGGAGGGGCGGCUUCGCUUGAGUGUGAGUGGGA